CCGAGGCUGAUUUCGGAAGUAUUUUUGAAAUUAGUGAACAGCAGCAGCUGCAGGAAUGGCUGGAUUCGGGAGACUAAGCAGAGUCUUCCAGAGGACAAGAAAAAAGUCCUCUUCCAGUCGACGCUGGGCUAUAAAGACCAAGAAACCCACAACUCCAACAUCGGGCAGUCCAGUAGAUACACAGAGUAAAUUGAAUCUAAAUGACAAAACCAAAGUUGAGACUGCUGUGGUGCCCAGUGGUCAAGAAAGUGGAGUCUUUCUUUAUGUGCUUGGAGGAAUUGUGCAUCAGUGCCAGCACAGAAUUAGUCAAAUCUGGAGCGGAUUUUGGAACGUUUUUCUUUUCUGGAGAGCUUAUUCUCAGAGAGUGGAGAUUCUUCACCAGAAAGUGGACUCCCUCCAAAGGGAACUGCAGCUGCUGCAAUCCAAUGGGGUGGUAAACGGUCCAAGAGGUUCUUGCUGCCACUGCGUUCUAUCGAGAGACAGCCCUGUCCUGCAACAGCAUCAGCAGAGCUCUGUCGAUCCACUUACUGCUCUUCCUCCUCCUCCUCCACCACCACCUCCAUCUCUGCCUCCUCCACCUCCACCACUACCCCCAGCUAAGAAGACUCCCCAAAAACUGUCUUUAAUUCCCAAAAAGAGAACGAUUCUCACUGCAGUGCAGGAGAAAAUAGAUCGUCGAGUUGCGGUGACUCUCAAGGACCUACAGGCUGUGCAGCUGAGAAAAGUCACUGUGAAUCGUAAAGUUCUGGUCUCUCCUGAAAAGAAACAGGUGCCUCUGAUCACACUAGCUGAUCUACAGAAGGUCCGUUUAAAACGCACUCAGUACAGAGUCCCGUCACCACUGAGACCCAGCCUUGCUAGGUCACCAAACAAAAGUCCUGUAAAGCUUCGGGCACAUCUUAAAAAAGUCCACAUCAACCAGACUCCAGGCAGAAGCCCACUGUGCAAUAAAGAGAAUUUAGAGGAACUUUUCAGAAGCGCAAUUGAAAACUAAUAAGCACCAGAUUGCUUUGUCUACCACACCCUAACCACUGAAGCCUGUCAGCUGAGACUGAUAUCAAGAGAUUAGCCAUUUAGUGUUUUACUCCUGCUGCUAACGUAUCUCAGUAUUGCACGUUAUUGAUUGGUUGGUUUACAUUGAUUUAUUGGUUUAACAUUCAGUUUUCUACAAUUAUAAGACUAGUGUAAGGUAAAUAUGGGCGAUUAGAGAAAAGCUGCAUUCCAAUGUGUAGGUUGACCCACAAAUAUGACGUGAUGACUAUCAAGCGUGAAACUGCUUUUAAAUUUCUUCGUAGAAAUGAUUUUGAAAUUAAUAAAAAAAAACAUUUUAAAUUGACUUUUUUUCCUUUUUCUCCUGCAGUGUACAUGCAGCAGUGAAUUGUGGUUUACUGAUAGCCAUGCAUUUCUCAGCUGAAUUUAAAGAAUCUGUUACUUUAAAACAGCCCUCAGUGACACAGCAGCCGAGAAAUGCAGCCUAAACUGUGAAAUGCAGCUUAAAUUUUAUUGCAUUGUGACAAAUUUUAUCAUAUUACACAAUAUUCUUUACUGAGCAUAUUAUUGAAAUCGUCUGUGCUUAAAUAACACGUUAUUAUGCACAACUCAUUAUAGUGUGUGUAAUUAGUUCUGUUAAGAAUGUAUGUAAGUAUGGCAUUCUAUUUUAUUAGCAUUCUUUAGGAAUGUGCCGCUACUGAUGCAUUUUAUCUGCUCGUAAAAAAAUACUGCGAUAAAUAUUGUGUAUAGUAAGAAUAUCUUUAAAUAUUGUGAUAUAAUAUUUCCUAUUCAUAUUCAUAUGAUACACAGUGGUAGGAAAAAGUUUGGGCACCCCUGAUCAUUUUCAGGAUUUUCCUUUAUAAAUCAUUGGUUGUUCAAACAAGCAUUUUAUUCAAAUAUAUCAUAUAGCUGAUGAACACAGUGAUACUUGAGAAGUGAAAUUAAGUUUAUAGGAUUUACUGAAAGUGAGUAAUAAUUAUUUAAUUCUUUAAUAUCACUGAGUUCAUCUGCUAUAUGAUAUAUUUAACUAAAAUUGCUGAGCUGAACAACCAAUUAUUUAUAAAGGAAAAUCAUAAAAAUGAUCAGCCCAAACUUUUUCAUACCACGAAUAAUGUAAACUUUCAUGUAUUGCUUUAAACAAUGAAAGUGUAUUCUAAGUACAAAUACAUUUACUAGUAGCAUUUUCUAAUAACUACAUUGUCACUGUAAUGUACUGUAAGCACAAAAACACGUUUUAUUAGAUCGUUACUUCAUGUUGCAUAAUAAAAUGUAUUCAGGUUAAUUACACUCAAUGAUUCCUCCCAUCAAGUUUAUUCUUUAAAAAAGGGAAAUCAAGGAAAAGCUUGACGUGUACAUCACAUAUAGCCAAAGUUUGGUGUAAUUAACCUGCUCUUAUUUAUGUUUGCUUUUUUAAAUGUUUACUGUUACUGUUGCAAUAAGUGAUAUCUUAAAACCACUUCUUAUGUUUGGAUCAGAAUAUAAUUUUAUUAAGUUGUUGUAACAUGUUUCAUAUUGUCAAAGGUUUUAUAGGUUUUGUUUAAAUAAUGUGUGUUUAUGUAACUAAAGAUAUCUAAAGGCCUUCAAUAGCCAUACUGAGCCAUGCUUAGGUAAGACCUCAAUAUGUGUACCUGUAAAAUUUGUUACAGUUCUAAAACUGUAAAAGAUGGAAAAGGUCUUACUUAAAAUAUUUUAAAAAAUGUGUUAUCCUUUACUUUUGUAAAUCAGCUAAUCUUUAACAUUUGCUAAGCUACUCAUGUUUGCAUGCUGCUGUGUAUGUGUGUACAUUGUAUUGUUCUUUGCCGUUGUUCUUGCAUUGUUUUUUUGUUGUUAUUGUCAAUGUCAACUUUUUGUUAACUAUAAAUGCUUAAUUAAAAAAAAAAGGUU